GCUCGUCCUCGGUCUUUCUUCUUCUUCAAUAUCACAUCUCCAUCAAUGAUACAUCUUCAUCAACGAUACACCUUUAUAAACAACGCUAGAUUAUCAUCAAGUGAUAUCAAAUAAAUCAUCGAACCCAAAACUUCCUCGAGAACAAGAAACAAGCCAUCAUGUCUUGGAUUAUUGAUAUCUCGCCGCUCCACAGCCAGUAUGUCAACGACUUAUCAUUACAGGGACGCAAGAGCGACGGCUAAUGUGUGCGUGUUGUUUAUUAGUAAGCCAACCAAACUAAUCGCCGUCUGGAAGCUCCAAAAGUACAAUCUCACAGAACGUGAGCUCCAUCCCAUUGCUUUAGAGGCUCCCGACGUUAAAACCACUGAAGAAAAGCUCUCCAAACUUGUCGACUGGAUGCAGGCUCCUAUGCCUAACGCACUUUGUUUUUUCUCUGGCCCACCACCCUCUGACCCACCCGGGUCGGCACCCAUUCUAUCAACGCAUACCAGUGAUGCUACGAAGCGCAUUACAUACGGGUGUAUCUCAUAUGGUCGGCGUCUUGUAUGCUGUCUCUCGGAUUUUCUCGACGAAAAGCAGCCAAUAACUGGAGUCAUCCGUUUUCUGGUAGCACAAUUGUUGCGGAUAUAUGCUGGGGAGCUCGGAAAGAAGUUUAGGAGCGAGGAAUUUUCUGAUAUCUAGACCCAUGGUGGGACUAUGAGAAGUGGAGUACGGUUUAUUCGUGAAUUGAUGGGGUUCCUGGAUGUGAAGAAAGCAAGAUUUCUUGUCAUUAUUCACGAUUUUCACUACCUUCAUGGUUCCCAAAGCAACCAUAAAAAAGACAAGGUUUGGGAAGACCUUUUCAAAGCUCUACACUGUCACCAAGCUUGCGAUCCGAACGAAAGUAAAGCUCGUUCGAAGGUAUUCAUUAGAAGCUCGGGUAGCGAGGAUGUUCUCCAGAAACUGGGGUACUCAGGAGUGAUGGUGGGAGCUGACAAUUUUAGUAGAAAUUUUCCAUAUGAUGAUUUAGUGGAAGUGAUAAGGAAGAGUUAAAUAUGCCUGGAAUGUUAUUUUAGGAGGUCCCGAUAUGGAUACUACGUAUAUACGGAAGAAAGGAAGGAUGGCUCAUAAUAUGGCUACAGAUACGGUAGAUCCGUGUGUCUCAAGAAGCAGUUGACUAGUACACAUCGAUAGCAAAUAAAUGGCGUUAUUUUCCUAAAAUUUAUUCCAAAUUGCACUUAAGUGACUUGACUACUCAGUUUGUAACAAAACCACUUGGCCUCAUCUCACAUCAAAGUCUAUACCCAUGUCUACAACAAUGCGAGAAGCUCAACCAAGCCCAAGCCGAUGUAGUAUCACUCGAAACAUUCCCAAAGCACAAAUAUUAGCCCAAUCACUCAGAUGAACCAAUUUGACCUUACGGAGUAAUCAUCUUCCAAACACGAAAGGUCAACGACAGAAAAAUCAACAUACUCACACAAACCAAAUACACAAACCUAACCCCCAAGCCCUCAAACCGGACCAGCCCACCACCAU